AUGUCGAAAAAAAUACCUAGUGGUACCACUCCUUGUGAAAAUAAAAGUGAAAUAAUAAUUAAAAGUGUUAAUACCGAGGUUAAUAGUGAACAAAGUGUUGAACUUAGUUCUGUAGAUAGUGAAAAAAGUGAAGUAACCGCCCCAGAAAUGUUGUCAUGCUGUUCAUAUAAAGGUACGAAUCAAAAUAAAUCUUUUGAUAUUGUUUUUAAAAAUAUUAUUGAAACUUCUUCUGACCCGACGGAUAUUGGACAUUUUAAAGAAAUCGUUUUAGAUGCUCAAACUAAACGGUUCAUAAUUGAAAAUGGGCAUAGUAGACCUAAAGCUAAAGGGCCUUUCGCUAAAAAUUCAGACGGUAGAUCUUUUUCUGAAAAGUAUUAUUUGACAGUGUCCAAAUCUGGUUUAAAAAUCGAACGUUCGUGGCUAUGUUAUUCGACUAUACUUCAAAAAGCGUAUUGUAGGUCAUGCUGGCUAUUUGGAGAUCGCACAUCCACUGGCUUUCAAGAAAUUUGGACUACAGGUUAUUGGAAACAUAUAGUAGAUGGCAUUAAAAGACACGAGCAAUCACACGUUCACUACAUUUCCUGUUUAGUAUAUGAAAAAUGGUUUUUAAAUAAAACAUUAAACGAAGAACUAGAACAGAGUAUAAAAAAAGAAAAAUUAUUUUGGCGUCAGGUUUUAGAGAGAAUUUUAAAUAUUACUCUUACAUUAGCUAUGCGAAGUUUACCUUUUCGCGGCCACAGAGAAAAGCUCGGUAGUGGAAAAGGAGAAAACGGCAAUUUUAUUUGUUUUAUUGAGUUACUUGCAAAAUAUGACCCAGUACUAGAAAAAGUUAUUAAUCAGGGUAAUAAUAAAGUAAACUACUGUAGCCCUAAAAUUCAAAAUGAACUAAUACAGUUAAUUUCAAAUAAAGUCGAAAACGAGUUAAUACUUAAUAUUAAAGAAGCUCCUUUUUUUUCCAUUAUAAUUGAUACAACGCAAGAUAUUUCAAAAGUUGAUCAGUUAAGUGAAAUUUAUCGUUAUUGUGUUAUAGAAAAAGAUGAAUACGGAAACCCAAAAAAUGUAUGUGUUAAGGAAACUUUUUUAGCAUUUCAUGAAGUUGUUGAUCAAUCUGCCUCUUCUCUUUCUAAACUAAUAUUACAGAAUAUUGAAAAAAAGGGAUUGUCUAUCGGCAAAUGCCGUGGUCAGGGCUAUGACGGGGCUGCCAAUAUGAGUGGUAUGUAUAAUGGCCUACAAAAAAGAAUUAAAGACAUUGAGCCAAGCGCAGCUUAUGUCCAUUGCUCUGCUCAUAAUUUAAAUUUAGUUGUCAAUGAUGCUGUGAAAGAAAUAACAGAAAUGGAAAUCUUUUUUGAUGUUGUUCAACGAGUUUUUGUUUUUUUUGGACAUAGUAUAGUAAGAUGGCGUAUAUUAUCAGAUUUAAUUAAGGAAUCGAACAGUCAAAAUGGAUUAUUAAUAAAAAAACUUAAUCCCACAAGAUGGGCUGGUCGUUAUGAAGCAGUUUUUGCGCUUAAAAUUAGAUUUGUUGAAAUUCAAAAAGCUUUAACAAAAUCAAAGUCAGUUGAUUUAGAUAAUGCAUCCAAUUUAUUAAAAAACUGUUAUGAACAAUUAAAAGAAUAUAGAUGUAAUUUUAAUGAUCUGUUGGAAGAAGCAAAUAUAGUUGCUAAAACAACAGAUUUAGAGCUUUUAAAUGAAGCUACGAAGUUGGUAAACAAAUAUGAUAAAGACAUAUCAAAAACAUUUACAAGUGAAAUUUUAGCUGUAAGAUCAACUCUUAAAAAUCAAAUAAGUCAACUUGACGCGUACCUACGGUUGUCACUGUGUGAUGGUGAGGUAGCGUCGGAUGGUGGUUGA